CGCCCGGAGGAGCGGGAGGGGGAGAGGUCGGAACCGUCUCCAGGAGCCCUUAGAGACCGAGUCCCCGGCGGCGGCGGCAGCGGCACACCGGCAGGAGAGUGAGCACCGAGCGGCGGGCGCGGGUGAUUCAUUCCACCAUUUAAAACCUGAAAACUUUGGACCACACAAAGUCUUACUGGUCCUGGAACCUGCAAGAUUCCCCCAGUGGAAGGGAGCAGGAAGCCAUCUCUCUCUGUGAAGGAGCAGGUAAAAACAAUAAUUGAAGAUGUCCAGCAAAACCACAAGCACCAACAACAUAGCCCAGGCAAGGAGAACUGUGCAGCAGUUAAGAUUAGAAGCCUCCAUUGAAAGAACAAAGGUUUCGAAGGCAUCCGCGGACCUCAUGUCCUACUGUGAGGAGCAUGCCAGGAGUGACCCUUUGCUGAUGGGGAUACCAACCUCAGAAAACCCUUUCAAGGAUAAAAAAACUUGCAUCAUCUUAUAGUGGAAUAAUGGAACAGUUCCUCACCUCUUCUCAACAAAGCAUAUUAUGAGCAGGUCCUUGAAGAGAUUUACCUUAAGCUUAUUUGAUAACCACUGCUAAUAACUAAAAUGCUCUUAACUUGGAAUAAUGGACGCAAGUCUUUAUUUUCCAAGUUGUGCUUUCUCUAAAAUGCCCUUUACUGAUUUAAUACAGAAUAUCAAUCUUGUUUUCCAUUUGGUCACUGUGGUGUUAUAUUGGGUUACUGUUUAAGGAAAGUUGGUCUGAGCCUUUUUAAAAACAUAAUUAUAUACUUUAAAUAUAUAGUUGAUUCAGAUAUGUCAAGACCUAAAUUGCCUAGCGCCUGUCAAAUUAAAAUGCCAAGAGUAACAUAAACCCUAAAACCUUUAUAUCAUAUUAUGUUCUUAAUAGGGUUUGUGCCAACCUGUAUAGUAUACAAGGAGAAGGGGUGUAUUGUGUAUAUAUAUGUCUUUGUGUAUACACAUAUCAAAGCUUAUUUCCUUAUUAAAACUUCCCUCUCUCCAUACCAUCAGUUCCUCUACUCUAGAAGUUAUACCUUUAUCUUGAUCUGUGUGUAGGUAGAAUAAAAAACUCUUUUCAUGUAGUUAUUGUACAAAAAGUAAAGAGCAUCCUAAAGAUUGUAUUCAUUGUAAUCCAGUAAUGCAGUCAUCUCUCCUCUCUUGAACUUCCUAGGCUAUGAUAAACUGGGCCAAUUAAAAAUUUAAAACUGAACUAAAAACCCUUUGAUAAUAUGAGGUAUUAAUUCACAAAGAGCUUUUUGGGCUUCAGUGAUCCUGAGUUGAGAAAAGGGGAGGAAACCCUUGGGAAGACCCUGGGCAGCUGUGCUCCCAGGGCUCAUGUUCUCUCCUGGAUUAGGGGUAGACACCUCUGAAAUUUCCACCCUAAUUAUUGGAAUGAGACAGCAUAAACAUGAGCCCCGCCAAGAGAGAAGCAAAAAUGUGUGAAAACCAGCUGCUCUUCUUGGCCCAGCUCUGUGGUUCAGCCCUCUCUCUUUCUCUCUGCCUACCCUGUGUCUUUCCUCUCCUGCUAGAGCAUGUGUUUUCAGAGGUAAUGUUCCCCUCCCCAGCCCCAGGUGGGUGGAACACUGUGGGAAAGAAAUGUCCAAAAAACAUAAAGAUAUCAAGACACUUAAGCUCUUUCAGUUAUCUGCAGCUUCAUCCCUACCUUGUCCACUAACUGGGAGGAGCACAGGUCACCCAAAAGAGGCUUGGAUUCAGUGGUGUUCUACCUGGGCACAAGGGUUCUGGCAGCUGAGAAUUGGUCCCCUUGCUUUUCCUCUGGACAUGAAUAUAACCUCACAUCCUCAGAAUUUCUAGUGGGAUCUCAAAAGAAGGAAUCUCCUAUGGCCAAGAGAGUAUCUUUAUCAAAGAGGAAGCGAGGGUCUGGAAACAAAACCAUACACUAGGCCUUUGAUAUUUUAAUUCAUCUUCAGUUCAUUAAAAGUAACUACUAAUGAAGGAUUAAAAACCUAUUCUCAAAAAGGACUCAACCCCAAGAGGGAAUUAGUUACAACUAUUUUCCCUAAUUCUGUACAAUCUACCCUGCAAAGCAAGCCCCUUUUAAAACCUCAGGUUUGGGCUUUAAGUAGUUCAUUGAGAAUGAACAAAUGCAGUUCUAUUUUUAAACUGCUCAAAUAUAUUUAGUAUUUCUCCAAGUCACCCAACUACUCAGCAUUGUGAACUGCCUUCACUUUUCCAAGACCAUGUGAAGAUCAUGGCACUGCCUGAACCUUCUGUCAUCUACUGCUUGAUUCUGCGAUAGGCCCAGUUCCCAAGUAAAUUAUAGACACCUACUUAGGAGAGAGAAAGGAUUUAACUUUCAAAAGGUGAAAUUUGAAAUGUACUCUAAAAAGACAACUUUACAUUUAAUGCUUCACUUAAUGAGACAUUCUUUUUUUAUAUGACAAUAUUUUUCUACUGAUAGUUUCAGAACACUAAUCUUAUUUUCACUCUGAUUUUUAGCAUAUUUCUUUAAAUAUUUAUAAUACAACUUAUUACAAAAUAUUUUCAUGAAAUUACUUUUAGUAUACCAUUAUGUGCACAUUAUUGGUAGGAAGCAUAGUAUAUUCUUUAGUACUAUGACAUGUUUUUCACCUAACAGUAAACAAAUAUGUUUUGCUAUAUAUUCAUUGAUAUGUUUGUAGUGGUAAGAAAUGGACUUGAGUUCCUAGGAGAUUUCAUUUUAUGUUCACUGGUCAGAUAUAAUAAAGGCUAUGACUAUAAAUGUCUUGUAACUUCCUAACCAGGUGUAGGGCAUAUUCAUGAAAAAUGGAUUCAAAUUCUUUGAUGCUGGAACCAAGAGGGGAAAAAUUGUAGCUAAAUGUUGAUAUAACUAGACAUCUAUGUGAGAAAGUAUAAUAUAUGUAUACAUAUAUAUAAUAUGCAGAAGUCACUUUUAUUUAUCAGGCUUUAUUCUACUUGUGAAGCCACAGUCUGUCUACAGCGGUUGGUUUAUGAUAAUGAUAGACAAAUGCCCAGUGUGUUUUGUUUUUUCCAACUACCACUAUAAUGAUACACUUACUCAUAUUUAUACAUGCAGCUUCCUGACUUCAUUUCCAUGAUGCUAUUUUAAUAUGUUCAAUAUACUUUGUUUUUAAUGCUGCUUCUGUUAACAGUGAUCUCUUCUCUUUCUUUUUUUAAUCUUAUAUCUCCAUUAGUUCAUCAUAAAUCUGUCUAGUUGAGGCCUCAGGACUAUGGCAAGAUAGCUAGAUAAAAUUUCAUGACUCCAAAGUAUUUUACAGAAACACCUUUUUUUAAUAGGGAAAAUAUUUUAUAUGCCAGGUGGUUCACGAGCUAUGGGUUGUAGCUAAAUACUUUUUUUUUUCCUAAAAAAAAAAAGUCAGGUUUUUAAAUUCCUUACCUUAUUAGAAUGAAAAGUGCCAUACUUACCUUUUAAAGGAAAGACUUGAUUUUCUUUUUCCCUGUUGAGACUAUUUUUGUAUUUUACUAACAGUUAAACUAUCAGAGAAAAAAAACAACUUUAUACUGAUGAUUUAGUAAUUUGGAGGCAUAGGUUAGUAUACAUAGUGGAGGAUGUGCCAAACUUUCUCUUCAAAUGCCACCUGCUUGACCAAUUUAUAACCAAGGUAGUGUCAUCUGACUGAUUAUUCUGAAUUUUGAUUUAAGAUAUAUAUUUAUAUAUAGGCCCAAAAAGUGAAUUGUAUUGAUUUCUUUUAUGGUGACCUGUCAAUAGGAAAAAAUACAUCAAGUCAAAUAGAAUUAUUUAUGUAUAUUGAACUAAAGCACUUACCUGAAAUUGGUGGCCUAGAUUUUAGCCCUGGAUCAUUUUCUAGUCAAUCCUGUGUUGUGUGACUUUGGACAAGGCACUUCAUCUCUCGGGGCCUUCAUUUCUCCAUUUGUAAGACAUGGGGCUGGAAGUAAAGGAUGGCUAAGAUCCCAUCCUGUUCCCAGAUGCCUCAGUCCAGUGACCCUCCCCCACUGCUGGUCCUGCCAACAAGUUGGUGCUAUAAGCUGCUUCAUAUAUAGAAUAGGCUUGUCUAUAAUGUAUGCUCAUUUAAUAGCUUGUGAAAGGCCUUUUUGUUAUACAGUGCUUUUUUUCUAGUUUUAUGGACUUGGUGACUGUAAUAAUGUCUUGUUUUUUAGUCGUGUAACUAUAAACAUACAUUCUCUCGAUGUCUCAGUAAAUUUGGAUUUGAUAUAUCAUUGAUGAGAUCUUGUUCUAUAACAUUCUUUGGCUACUCAUCUGUCCAGCAUCUUAUUAACCUAAACACUGUGAUUGUUGUUUGAAAAUCUGUUUCUAUGGAAAGAAUAAAAGCAUUUACUUCACAGCUAGCAUGUUCACAGAUCUGACAGAUAUUUCAUUAAAAGCACCUUUGCUUUCUUGACUGGAUCAGUGGCUCAUUGUAUCAUCCUGCCCAUGUUUUGCUCAAUAAAUUAAUAAA